AUGGCCCUGCGCCGCAACGGAGAAAUCGAGCAUCCCUCUGCCACCGGUGUAGACAUCACGAAUGCCGCACCAGCCAUGGCACAGGAUUCUCAGAAUGAAGCCUCUAGCUCACCCGAGUCCCCCAAAGAGGAAGGAGUCAGCCCGACGACGAUCGCACCCGAAGGGGCUGGUGCUCCUUGGUCAGGGUCCCAGGAGAAGCCCUCGAAACCGAAGCUCCGCGCCGACACCUCCUUUGACGCCAAGGACAGCAGCAGGCCUCAGAGCCCGCAUAAUGUAUCGAGCCCGGUUGCGACCUUGAGAGGAAAGGACCGCGCCUUCUUGGCCGUACCCAGCAAUUUGCGCUCUCGACAGAACUCGAUCGACUCCGACGACAUGUCCUCCCAGGGCGAGACCAUCGCCGUUUUGAGCCAGUCAACCGAGAAGACUAUGAAACCUAGUCCCAUGUCCAACGACAAGAUCAUGAACGACGAGACCGCCCUGCGACCCGACAAGGGGAGCGAGGGUGACUUUACGAUGGAGGACAACCCAUUCGCCUUCACCCCCGGCCAACUCAACAAGAUGUUCAACCCGAAGAGUCUUGCUGCGUACUAUGCGCUUGGAGGUUUGACUGGUAUCGAAAAGGGCCUCCGCAGUGAUCGCAAGGCGGGUUUGAGUUUGGACGAGGUACAUCUUGACGGACGAGUUUCUUUCAGCGAGGCGACAAGUCACACCCGCUCUUCUGGCGAUUUCAAGGAGAGCGAAGCGCCGGCAGCGCCCCCGAGGCAGAACACUGGCCAUCACACUAAGCACGGCGACGGCGGCUUCUCCGACCGGAAGCGCGUUUUUAGGGACAACCGAAUUCCCGAGAAGAAAGGCAAGACUCUCCUUGAACUGAUGUGGAUCACCUACCAAGACAAGGUCCUCAUACUCUUGACCGUUGCUGCGGUUGUUUCACUCGCUAUCGGCAUCUACCAGACGGUGGGUUUGCCGCACGCAGCGGAUGAGCCCAAGGUCGAGUGGGUCGAGGGUGUUGCCAUCGUCGUCGCCAUCGCCAUCGUCGUUAUCGUGGGAUCUCUCAACGAUUACAGCAAGGAAAGACAAUUCGCCAAGUUGAACAAGAGGAAGAAGGACCGCAAUGUCAAGGUUGUCCGCUCGGGUAAGACCAUUGAACUUUCCGUCCACGACCUCUUGGCUGGAGACGUCAUUCAUCUCGAACCGGGUGAUCUCAUCCCUGUCGACGGAAUUCUCAUCGAGGGCUUCAAUGUCAAGUGUGACGAGUCUCAGGCUACCGGAGAGUCGGAUAUCAUCAAGAAGCGGAACGGUGAGGAGGUUUUCAACGCCAUCCAGAACGGCGACGACCCCAAGAAGCUCGACCCCUUUAUCCAGUCUGGCGCCCGGAUCAUGGAGGGUGUUGGCACUUUUAUGGUCACCUCAACCGGUAUUCACUCAUCGUUCGGAAAGACUCUCAUGGCUCUGGACGAGGACCCCGAAGUUACGCCGCUGCAGUCGAAGCUCAACACCAUUGCCGAAUAUAUCGCCAAGCUUGGAGGUGCUGCUGGUCUCUUGCUCUUCAUUGUCUUGUUCAUCGAAUUCCUGGUCAGGCUUCCCAAGCAGCCGGCCUCCGUCACCCCGGCCCAAAAGGGACAGGAUUUUAUCAACAUUGUCAUCACCGUUGUCACCAUUAUUGUUGUCGCCGUACCCGAAGGACUUCCUCUCGCUGUCACACUGGCCUUGUCAUUUGCCACGAGACGCAUGUUGAAGGACCAGAACCUCGUCAGACACCUCAAGGCUUGCGAGGUCAUGGGCAACGCCAACACCAUUUGUUCGGACAAGACUGGAACCCUGACGCAAAACAAGAUGCAGGUCGUUGCUGGCACAAUUGGCACCACUCACCGUUUCGGUGGGCAGCGGCCUUCUAGCUCUAGCGGCGAUGCCAACGCCGCGCUGGAUGGCGCAGCUGACAUCUCAAUCGCCGAAUUCGCCAAGAUGCUCAGUACACCGGUUAAAGAGAUUCUCGUCAAGUCCAUCUCGCUCAACUCGACGGCGUUCGAGGGCGAGGUCGAUGGCGAGAAGACAUACGUUGGAUCGAAGACGGAGACGGCCUUGCUUUUGUUGGCUCGUGACUACCUCGGCAUGCACCCCGUCGCCGAGGAACGCGAGAACGCCAAAAUCCUUCAACUCAUCCCCUUCGAUUCUGGUCGCAAAUGCAUGGGUAUUGUUGUUCAACUGCCGGACGGGCGCGCAAGAGUUUAUGUCAAGGGUGCUUCUGAGAUUGUCCUCGGAAAGUGUACUCAGAUCUUCCGGGACCCCUCCCAGGACGCCACGCUCGUGCAGAUGACCGAGACCAACUUUCAGACGAUUACUACUCUCAUCAACACCUACGCUUCUCGAUCGCUUCGAACCAUUGGUCUUGCCUACAGAGAUUUCGAACAGUGGCCCCCUCGCAACGCCCGCCGUGUGGAUGGAGGCGAAAACGUCGACUUCGAUUUCAUGUUCCGAACCAUGGCUUUCGUCGGUAUGGUUGGCAUUCAGGAUCCCUUGCGCGAGGGAGUUCCCGAGGCUGUCAGGCUUUGCCAGAAGGCGGGCGUCAUGGUUCGCAUGGUUACUGGAGACAACAAGCUCACAGCCGAGGCCAUCGCCAAGGAGUGCGGCAUCCUGCAGCCCAAUGGUAUUGUCAUGGAAGGCCCUGAAUUCCGCAACCUGAGCAAGGCUGAGCAAGAGGCCAUUAUCCCGCGACUUUGCGUCCUUGCCCGCUCCAGCCCCGAGGAUAAGCGUAUCUUGGUGAAGCGCCUCAAGGCCAAGGGUGACAUCGUUGCUGUUACCGGAGACGGAACCAACGAUGCUCCUGCACUCAAGACGGCCGACGUUGGCUUCUCCAUGGGUAUUGCUGGUACCGAAGUUGCCAAGGAAGCAUCCUCGAUCAUUCUCAUGGACGAUAACUUUAACUCCAUUGUCAAGGCCUUGAAGUGGGGUCGUGCCGUCAACGACGCCGUCAAACGCUUCCUCCAGUUCCAGCUCACGGUCAACAUCACUGCUGUCAUUCUCACCUUCGUUACUGCGGUUAGCAGCACUUCCGUGCUGACUGCUGUGCAACUGCUCUGGGUCAACCUGAUCAUGGACACACUUGCUGCUCUUGCCCUUGCCACGGACCCCCCUCAAGACAGCGUGCUCGACAGGAAACCCGAGAGGCGUAAUGCGUCAAUCAUUACUACUACCAUGUGGAAGAUGAUUCUGGGACAGGCGGUCUACCAACUUGCGAUCACAUUUAUGCUCUUCUAUGGAAAGGAAGCUAUUGUCCCCGGCCCCGAGCACAUUCCUGAUGAUCAGAUCGCCACGUUGGUCUUCAACACCUUCGUGUGGAUGCAGAUCUUCAACCAAUGGAACAACCGUCGUUUGGACAACAACUUCAACAUUUUCGAGGGGCUUACAAAGAACUACUUCUUCAUCGCCAUUAGCGCUAUCAUGAUUGGUGGACAGAUUCUGAUCGUCUUCGUCGGCGGUGCGGCUUUCCAGAUCGCUUCCGAGGGUCAGACAGGCACCCAAUGGGCCAUGGCUAUCAUUCUGGGUGCCAUCUCGAUUCCGUUUGGUGUCAUCAUCCGUCUCAUUCCCGACGCUCUCAUCGAGCGCCUCGUUCCCGACUACCUCAAGCGCCGUGCCAAGGACACUGUCCCUGGUCUUACGGUGUCGGACGAGGAACAAUUCGAGAUGUACCCGGAGCCACUUUCGGAUCUCCGCGACGAACUGGCGUUUAUUAAGCGAAUGAAGGGAGGACGCUUGAACAACCUUAAGUUCGCUGUACAACACCCCCGCGAAACGUUUGCCCGCUCGCGCAGCCCGUCACACUCGCGCAGCAACUCAAUCAAGUCGCCGUCGACGCCUACGCGAGAGGACAGCUUCGGCUCAACGGCCGCGACACCCAACUCUCGCAAGCGCUCCCACAGCUCGCGCAGUCGGUCUAAUUCGGCACUCGGCGCCCCGACCGUCAUGGCGGGUAUUGUGGCUGCUGGUAUCGCAGCCAACUGGUCACCGGCGGACCGCAGGCGUCGUGACAGCGACGACGACUCUGACAGCAACGUCAGGAGAGGAAUAUCGAGAGAGAACUCGAUACGCGAAGAACCUCGCGAAGAAGUCACGAACGAGAAGGCAGGGGAUGAGAAGACGGCACGGGAAUGA